UCACUUCCUGUGAAGAAGCUCAGAUGCCGCCUUUUGGACAGUGCAGAGUCCAGGAGACAGCGGAUUGUUGCGGUGCUGCAGCCCGGCUGCCGGGAGGAGAGGGGCUGCGGCUGGGCUCUCCGCACUAGCGGACGUGGCAGGGCAGGGCACGGCUCGUGUUGAGAGAUGGGGGCCCGGCUCCUGUUCCGUGCUAUCAUCAUGGGCCCUCCCGGCUCGGGAAAAGGGACCGUGUCCGAGCGCAUUGUCAAGACCUUCGGACUAAAGCACCUGUCCAGCGGAGAGCUGCUCCGAACAAACCUCAGGAAUGAGACAGAGUUUGGUUUGUUAGCCAAGUCUUUUAUUGAUGAGGGAAAGCUGGUGCCAGAUGAUGCCAUCACUCAAAUCGUUCUCCAUGAACUGAAAGAAAUGAACCAGUACAACUGGCUGCUGGAUGGGUUUCCCAGGACACUCCCACAGGCAGAGGAACUGCAUAAAGUUUACCAACCAGACACUGUAAUUAAUUUGAACGUCCCUUUUGAGACAAUCAAAAAACGACUGACAUCUCGCUGGAUCCACCCAGGCAGUGGUAGGGUGUACAACGUCGACUUCAAUCCUCCAAAAGUAACAGGGUUUGAUGACCUUACUGGGGAACCUUUGAUUCAGCGUAAUGAUGACAAGCCAGAGACUGUGACUUCAAGGCUCCAGGCAUAUGAAGAACUAACACAGCCAGUUUUGGAAUAUUAUCAAAGUAAAGGCAUUUUGGAAGUCUUCUCAGGAACAGAAACCAACAAGAUUUGGCCUCAAGUGCAUGCUUUCCUCAGCAAGAAGCUGCCAACACUCUCUUAAAUCAAAGAGUACAAAAGCAAGAAGCUAGCAGAGAAGCUUUACAUCAAAUAGCACAUUGACUGAUCAUAUGGCCAGCACUAGAGGGGCAAAAAUGUGGAACAGUCUUCUGAUUCAAGUCUUAAAAUCAACUUGGUAUGAAUUUUUUAACAGCAUUUCUCAGAAGUGCAAGUUUUAAAAAAAAAAUUUUUAAGUUGUUCAUAAUUGAGUAAACUAGCAAAACUACCUAAAUCUUAAUUGAGAAUUGAGAUAACUUUGUCUACCUAGCUGAUCAUUUGUUGUACUAUAGAUAGUUAUUUCAUAUGAUCAGUACUUGACAUAACUAAUUAAGGUGCAAAUGAAAGGGAAUGCUAUGAAUGGUUAGCUACAAAAUGUUCGAUUUUGGCAUUUUUUCCCAAAUGAAAGAGAAAACCUUUUGUCAAAAUUUGAAAAAGUUAGAUUUAACUGGUUUCAAUCAAGUAGAGAGGGUAGGAUGGGGAAUGGAGGAAAAGAACGGAAGGGAAGGUCUGUGAUAGAGGGGAAGGCAUGAGUAUUUAAAUGAUAAAAGAAUGAUGGUGCAAGACAAAGGGGAGUGAUAUUGGGCAAUUAAGGAAGCAAAAAAUGGAUCCAGAGGAGCUAAAAAUGACAAAAGUGGCAUCAUUAUCAGUAGCUGCUAUCUGAAUAAAGGCCAACAGUGGUCAUGAUCUGAAAUUGAUGCACACUGUCGUGUGUAAAGGCUGUAAAGUGUCUAAUGGAAAGAUGAGGUGCUGUUCCUCCAGCUUCUGUUGAGCUAUAUUGGAACAAUAUAGGAAGCCAAGGUCAGAGGGGGAAUGGAGCAGAGAAUUAAAAUGAUAGGCAACUGGAGCCUGGGGGUUUGAUUGUGAACUGAGUAGAGGUCUUCAGAAAUGUGGUCACCCACUUUGCAUUUGGUCUCCACUGUAAGAGGAUUGCAAUAUGAGCCGCAAACAGAGCAUACUAAACUGAAAGAAGUGCAAGUGAAUCACUUGAGGGAGUGUUUGGGGCCUUGGACAGCGAGAAGGAAGGGUAGAUGUUGCAUUGCCUGCACUUGGGAAGGUGCCACAGGGUGACAAGGGGGAAAUGUUAACUGUUAAUAACCUGCUGAACAUUUCCAACAUUUUCCAUUUUAAUUUCAGAUUUCCAGUGUGUAGUAUUUGCUUUAAUACAGCAUGGUUCUAAAUCGAGCAUAAAAGGUGUAGCAAGAACCUAUUGUUCCUUACAAUUAAAUUGAGAAUGCAGCACUAUAGGGUGUGUAUUAGUUUCCAGCAUUCCUGGACAAUUAAAGCUAAAAACACACAAGACAAAGGGAAAUGGUAGUUUAGAGAAAAAGGUUAAGUUAAGAAUUUUAGAACAAUUUUUAAAAAAAAAUGUUUUGGGUCAAGGCAAGUGACAAGUUUCAUGGGAAGAAUUAGUGAGAUUUAUCAUAUUGAAUGAUGCCAAUUGCCAAACUACACCCUUGAUCCGAUGCCUCAAAAAAUUACUUCUAAGGAAGUCAGUCUGUAAACAGCCUCCUGCAGCCAGUUUACACACUUUCAGUAUUUUAAUCGAGGUGAUAAGCAACCAAUCUGCAACACCUCUUUGUCCUUUUGUCUGUGACAUCUUUUGGUUAUCUCCACCUAUCACUGGCCCUCUAUCCAGCUCUACUUGUCCCACCCCCCUUAAAGUAGCUUACAUUUCACCACUCUUCUAUUUUUUUCUUGGUUCUGUUGAAGGGUCAUUCGGACUCGAAACGUUAACUGUGCUCCUCUCCGCAGAUGCUGCCAGACCUGCGGAGUUUUUCCAGGUAUUUUUGUUUUUGUUUUGGAUUGUAUUGGUUUGCUCCCAAGCAUGGAGUAAUCUGGAUACUUCCUGUCUGCUACUGCUGCAGGAAUCUGAAAGCAAUGAGCACAAUGGUCAUGAAGCCUUUUGUUCUAAGUGUAAAUGAAAUGUCACAUCUUGAGCUCUGAGUUAGUGGUUUAUGACUCCUUUACUUCCUCCUGCUGUAUGCUGAACCUCUGCUAUUAUAAGCAAGCACAGACAGCACAGUGAUGUUUACAGGUGCCUGUUUUUGAGUGGAUAUUCCAGAACUGUCUGUAAUAAACAUGAAUAACAACCACAUGACCAUGCAUUCGGAGAUGCAAGUUUCACAGCGGGCUGUAGAACAUUUGUGAAUUUUUUGAAAAUAUGAAUGAAUACUGUACAUGAUUUAUGAUGUAACUUUUUAACCUCAGGAAGUAUUUGGAUUUUAGGCCUACUUUUUCCCUCUUGCAAAAAGUUAUGAACACAAUUUACAGCACACUUUUAAAAUGGCAAAAUUGCUACUAUCAGUAGUAGAAUUGCAGAAAUAGACCAACAACAGGAGUAGGGCAUUCAUCCCCUCGAGCCUAAUCUAAUUCAUCUUAAUUGAUUCACCCCGUGCCCCUUGAUACCUACAAUAACUGCAUUCAACAAAAAUCUAUCAAUUUUGUUCUUAAAUUUUCAUUAGCCCAGCAUACACGGAGUUCCAAAUUUCUUCAACCCUCUGUGCAAGAAUAUUUCUUGAUUUCAUUCCAAAAUGGAUUAGCUCUAAUUUUAAAAUUAUGGCCCCUUAUUCUGGAUUCCCCCAGCAGAGGAAAUAUUUGUGCUGCAUUCACCCUAUCUGUCAAAUCUGUUUAUCAUCUACACUCUGCCCAGGUGUUCAUCCACCUGUUCUGCAAUGGUAAAACAUUACUCAUUGUCUGUAUCUGUGCAAUUUUCCAUCUUCAUUGGCAGUUCAUUUUAUUUUAGACACUUAUGAGAGCUAUCCCAAUUGAUUUUUUUUUUGCAAGAGAGCAAAGCAUAGACCAAAAACAGAGUGGCAUAAUUGAGAGGGAAAUUGAUAUUUUUAAACAUUACUAAAAAUGGAAGACUUUACUAGUUAAAUAUGGCAACAUUUGUUCUCAGACUUCCUUGAUUUAAAUAUGAAAUAAAUGAAUCCAUUGUCCUCUUUUCCUAUGUCAAGCUACAACUAAAUGUAUUAUAUGCAAUUAGCAAAUUAAUAAAACUGGAGAAAGUUA